AUGUCAUCGACCGGUCAUUGCUUUGAUAUUGGUGCAGCCACUCGGCAAUCAAUUCAAGAUUUUGAAAAGCGUCAAAACAAGUUUGCACAUGAUCAUGAUAUUCUCUUGGAUCAAAUGGAUUCUCUAUCUGAUCGUGAUCUUCUUCAAGCAUUCGAUGUACAUUGCAGCAAAGAUGGUGUGGCUGGUAAUGGAGCUUUGAUGCGUCUUGCACCUGUACCACUUUUCUUCUAUCGACGCCCAGAACUGGCUGUUGACUAUUCGGGUAUUAGUGGCCAAAUCACCCACGGAGAUGAGAAAGCAUAUGAUGCAUGUCGUUAUUACGGAGCACUAAUUGUGGCUGCUAUUCAAGGUGAGGAUAAAAAGAAACUGACUAGCAAUACAUUUUACGAUGAUCAUCGCGAGUGGUUUGGUAACAAAAAACUUCAUUCUGAUAUUAUGACGAUUGCUCAAGGUUCGUACAAAAAACAAGGUGGAUAUCUAGAUGGAAUUCGAGGAAAAGGAUAUAUUGUAAAUGCUUUGGAAGCUGCUUUAUGGGCCUUUUGGAGUGAUGGAGACUCAUUCGAGACAGGUGCACUAAAAGCGGUUAAUUUGGGCGAUGAUACAGACACAACAGCAGCUAUCUAUGGUCAAUUGGCCGGUGCUUACUAUGGCUACAUGAACCGACAUUUUACUAUACCGUCUUCAUAA